AUGGGUGCUGCAACUGGCCGCGUGUCGACCGUUCGUGUGCCGGAGCUUCGAAAUUACCAGUUGGAUUGCCCUGAUGGCAGAUGCCCACGGAGCCCGGUGUUUGCCAAAGGUUUCUCUGAGUCGACCGAUGCCUUCAACUCAAGCACUUCCAUGGCUGCAGGCUUUGUCACCGUCCACAAUGAUGCUUGGGAAACCUACCGGGACGACUUUGUGGUGCAGCUUCGUGGUCUUGCUGGAUUUGAAUUCUGGCAAGGUGUGCGCUCCAGGGAUGACUUCGAACAACUUUUCGCAGCCUUGGAAGCGAAACGGUCUCCUUUGCCUCGACGGCCGGACUUCAUCCAAAUGAGCCCUUGGAACUGGGCCUGCUACUUGCGCGAGACCCGCUCCGAGCUCCAAGCAUGCCUUGACGAAGCGCUCCGGGGCAACCUGAGCGAGGAGCACUGGAGAUGUUUUUUACUGCCCCUGGGCUUUGUGUGCCGAGUGCAGCACAUCAGCGAGGAUCUAUGGGCGACCUCAUCACAUGCUGUGUUGGGAUUGCCCAUCAUGGGCAACAUCUUGGGUUUUUUGGAGGAACCAGCCGAUGUGGCCCGACUCUGCUAUUUCACAUCCAGAUGUCUUCGCCAGAGCAGCGCCCCUUUGUGUGGCCCACAGUGGGAACAGAUGUAUAUCGAUCGAUGGCCUGCGCUUUACCAGGCUCAGAAGUACUUGUCAGGCCUGAGCCAUUUGGAUGUGGAUUGGAAGUCCAUGUACCGACACACCUUGGCAGGCCAGUUUGAGGCCUUGCUCGAGGUCUACGAUCGGGAGAAGAAGUUAGGCUUCGCCAUGUCUUGCAUGUUGGCGAAGGUCACCUGGGAUGCGCAGAUCAAUUGCUACAUCGCCAGUUAUGUCAGCGCCAGCCAGGCGAAGACCAUGGGUUCGUUGUUCAUGUCUUGCCAGGUGGUGCCGGAGCGUAUCCCCUACCACGAGGGCUACCGGCUCCGCUUCUGCCCCCCAAGCGCCCGGGAGCUGCUGAAGCCCGAGCUCGUGCCGCCCCAGGCCUCGGAGCUGCCGCCUGGCACCGGACCGACGCAACGGACCCGACGGGUGGCGCAGGGGUGGUGCAUGAACUUGGGAAGUCGCAGUGGUGAGGGGAUGACUAAGUACGCUUAUCGAGCAUCUCGGCUGGUGGAGACUUUGCUUUGGUUCACUUUGCUGGAACGUGUGCGUGGAGGGUGGCAGGCCCUUGAGCGCGACGCAGGUGGCUCCCGGGCACGUGUCACGAUGAUCUUCGACCACUUCCCGAGCACGUCGCGGUGGCGCCGCCUGCAGAUCGUGGUCGGCGACGGCGUGGUGCGCCAGUGCGCCAUCGGAGGAUGGCACGGGGGCGUGCGCGCGGUGACGGAGGCAGAGAAGCGGGAGUGGGCCAAGUUCUUCCCCAAGGAGCCAGUGAUUUUCUGA